AUGGCCCAGACUCAGGAUCCGGCCCUGGGCCUGGCUAACGCCCACGUGAAGCGCUUUACAGCCAAGGUCGAGGAAGGCACUAUCUUUAAGUUGUCCCUCGGCUCCUUCUACACAGACCGUGCGCAUAACAUCGACGGCAAGCAUGUCAUUAAGGGCCUUGCCCUCGACUUCGCGAACGACCCGAAGGUACGUCCCGACGUUCGCUAG